AUGAAAAUUGAGCUACAGAGCUGGGUAGAAGCCCUGGAGAAGUACGAUGCCAGCGAUUACAUCCAUGCCUUGCGCCAAUUCUCUACGAUGCAAAGUCGUGGACAAUCUUCAAAGAUCGAAUUCAACAGAGCGGUCAUACACGCAAGUUUAGGUGAUCAGAAGGGUGCAACUGAGUUGUUCAACAGCGCAUUACGUAUAGAUCCAUACUUUGCGAUCGCACACUACCAAUCAGGCGUCUGCAACUUUAUGCGUGGACGCUACGAGCAUGCUCGUUCGGACUACGAAGCCAGCCAGAAGCAGCUCAGAGGAAACAGCUUCAUUGACUAUGCACAGCUUGGUCUCGCUUACAAACUCGAGAACACAAACAUCGACUUUAAUAUCGCAUUGACCUACUAUUACUCAGGUCGCCCAGAGGAUGGUGUCAAUCAACUACAGAUAGCUAGGAAUGGCGCUUCCACCGAUCAAAACAGUGUUAUAGACGAUUGUAUGAGGGAUGAAGCCAAGGGCUACAUGCCAUACUCCGUCCAGCCAGGAAUCGUCUUCAGACCUUCUGAAUCACAGAUAAAGAACCUCGAGAAGAAGGACUUUAUCGGUCAAGCAAAGGUACUCUAUACCGACGAUGACGGUACCAGUCCAGAUAUACCACUUAACCAAAACACCAGCGAACAAUCGGAAGAUGUUCCACUCAGUCGUAGGUUGCCUGGCGGUGGUGGUACCCUCAAACGUAACCCAACCCACUGGCAACCGAAGCUGCUUCGUCGUCCGACUGCUGGUAGUCGCAAACAAAGUAGCAAUGAAACAACCCCCGUAUCUUCUGGCACGUCCACACCAGUUACCGAGAAAGGCGGUUUCUUCUCCGGUCUUUCUAGACAAAAGACCGAGCGUAGGAAGGCACCAACAGAGGAAAUGCGUACAAAAACUGGAUUGACUCCAGAUGAAGCUGCAUUGGGACCAAAGAACGCCGCUAUGCUCUCUAGAGCGCGUACACUAGGUUCUUCUACUCUUGCGGAGAAGCGUUCAAAGUCAGAGCAAGAUGUACCAACGCAAGCGACAUUCCAACCUCUGGCAGACCCUGCUCGAGGUAAAGGUGUUACAUUGACUGAUGUUCAACUCCCAUCUGAACGCAUGGGUGAACUCAAGGACGUGUCUACUACUCAGCCAUCUCCAACACCACCUACGACCGACGACUCGCGCUCACCUUCACCUUCACUUGCGCACACAUCACAACCACCACCACAAUUGCAUCAUUCAUCAUCGCAACCACAGCUCGCGCCAAGUAGAGCUAGAUUCCCAACUCGCAAGACAUCACUUAAGCAUGUUCACAACAAGUUCAAGAGAAAUGAACCACAACCGGAUGUGCCUCCUUUAGAGAGACGCAGAUCACGUUCAUUUAAUGAGGGCGAUGAUUAUUCAUUAGCUUACACUGAACAUGCACCAGCUGAGGCUCCAAACAGGAGCAAUACACUCUUUAGUAAGAUUUCCGGUCGUUCAAAUUCGACCACUCAAUCAAGUGGCAUAAAUCAUGAUAAUCGCAAGGGAAAACCAUCUGCGAUCGAUACACUCUCAAACGUGCCUGCUGGCUGGCCGCGUUCUGACAAUUCAAGUCCACAAUCAUUAUUUUCACAAACUCAAUCACACAGACCACCACAACUUCCUGCUCUUCAAAUCGGUGAUGACCUUAUGCAUUCAGAGCAAACACCAAAAGCUGUUGAUAACAAUGUCGCAUUGACAAUCACGCCUUCAACACCUUCAGUUUUGCCUGACAAGGACUUCUCAAUAAAAUUCGAUGAAAGAACUGAUACGAUGUAUGAUACACAAAACGGUACAUCUGUUCCAUCAUCUGUUUCAGAUAAUUCCUUUGGUAAUUUAUCUAACAAGUCAACUGAUGAUAGCGGUGGAUCACCAGUUGAUGCACUCACAGCAUUAAAUGGUGGUAAUGCAGCUAAUGGUGGACCAUUCAAACCAACAGCGCCACUAAAAAUUCAAGAGAAGCCUACACUCACUCGUCAAGCUUCAGCAUUACGUAGACGUGGUACAUAUGGAAUGAUGCAGGAGCAACAAAAGCAAGGUGCUAUUGAUAUCUCUAAUAGCAUGAAGAAGAUGGGUAUAGAAGAAGGCAAUGAGGAGAACGAUGAUGGAGUUGGUUCAACUAUGAUCAAAGGAAUGUCUCCAGUUGAGGCUAGCUCAUUAAAUGCUGAAAGGAUGCUCGAGAAGGGUACAACUGGAAUGUCACCCGUAAAUGCAAGUUCAUUGAAUGCUGAGAGAAUGCUCGAAAGAAAGCAACCAGAGGUUGUAAGAACAGCACCUACGCCACCACCUGCACAGACGCCACCAACGCCUGCAGCUGCACCACCACGAUCACCAGAGAGCAAAUCAUUAAACAAGAGUGAGAAUGCGCCAUCAUUGAAAGUGCGCUUCAAAAUACAUUACGGAGAAGACGUACGUGGAAUGCUUGUUGGGAAUGAGACAUCUUUCGAAGCAUUCAUACAUCACAUUUUACGGAAAUUUGAGAAAAGACCUGGUAGUUUUAGAGUCAGAUUCAAGGAUGAGGAUGGUAUAAAGAUUACAAUCCAAGAUCACUCAGAUUUGGAGUUAGCAAUUGAUACUGCAAGACUACAUGGAAAUGGACGUAGUGACGGAAAGCUUGACAUCUGGUGCGAAGAUUGUUAA